CAACCAUUGGCAACACGCUUUCGUGCAUUGUUUGUGCUGCGUAAUUUGGGAUGUAAUGAAAGUGUGAAAUGGAUUGGUAAAUGCUUCAGCGAUAAGUCAGCAUUGUUAAAGCAUGAAUUAGCCUAUUGCCUGGGUCAGACACAGAAUGCAAGUGCUGUACCGAUACUUAUCGAUGUGUUAGAAGAUGAGGAACAAGAGACAAUUGUGCGACACGAAGCUGGCGAGGCACUAGGCGCAAUUGGUGAUCCGUUAGCUUUACCAACUCUGAGGAAAUAUUUAACUCACUCUGAACCAGCAUUAGUAGAAACUUGUGAGUUGGCGAUACAGCGAAUUGAGUGGCUCUUAAAUAAACGACGCAAUGACAGUGAAUUCGUUGACAAUAGAAGUCCAUAUAAUUCUGUUGAUCCAUCACCAGCAAGCUCAGAAAGAGAUGUUAAAAAAUUAGGUGAAAUAUUAGUGGAUGCGUCUAAAUCACUUUGGCAACGAUAUGAAGCAAUGUUCGCCUUAAGGAAUCUGAACACAGAUAAAGCGAUUGAAGCACUUUCGAAAGGUUUGGAGUGCCCAGAGAGUGCGUUAUUCCGUCAUGAGGUUGCUUAUGUGCUAGGUCAAACACAGUCUCCGAUAGCUGUCAAGAGUUUAAGAAGUCAUUUAGAAUGUUUGAAUGAAAACCAUAUGGUUAGACAUGAAUGUGCUGAAGCGUUGGGUGCGAUUGCUACCGAACAAUGUGAAGAAUUAUUGAAGAAAUAUUUGCAUGACAAUGAGAGUUGUUUGAGCCUAAACGAUGUUGGCCGUUUAUACAAGGUAUCUGAUGAUGUUGUUAAAAGGCUGUCAUUCGACAAAAUUUUGCCAAUCCGAUUCGCGAAACAGAUUGAAACGCUUAAUGAAUGUGUUUGGCUUUGUAGAAGGCCUUUCCUUGAAGUGAUCAAUUGUUUGAAGGCUGUUAGAACGACUGCGCCAAACCUACGAAUUGUUUUGUGGGGAAAAUUUGGAACUGGCAAAUCGACGACGUUAUAUCAAACAUUACAUUAUGCUCAUUUACAUCAGUGGAUAGUUUUUACAGUUCGAAGUGGAAUCUAUUUGACACGAUCUGCAAAAGAAAUUCAAAUGUCCACCUAUCAUCCUGGACGAAUAGACGUACCUCUACAGGCGAUUGAAAUGCUGCAACUUUUCAAGCAGAAUAAUGCGCCUUAUUGGAGUAAACUUUCGGAGUUAAAAACUGGCAAAAAUUAUGAGUGGACAAAAGUUGAGAAGACGUCAAUGGGUCGUCCGAUAACAGAUAUUGUUGAAAUGGGUCUUUCCGCACCGUUUAUCGCUUCGGAUUGUGUUGGUGCUCUGUUACGAGAGUUGAAAUGGCACGCAACUGAGAAUCAUUUUCGUUUAUUAUUCGUUAUUGAUGACGCCAAUUCGCUGUUCGGCAAAACCACUGUGAAACGGGCUGAUCGAAGCUACGCGGCCGCUAAUGAUCUCACACUUGUUCAUCAUAUCCGCAAAACAAAUGGAGCGUGUGUGAUGGUGGCCGAUAAAAAAGAAUUGAGUGAUGCUCGAGAUGCUGUAACAAUACCGCUGAAUACGCCUUUGGAACUUUUUGGUGAAGAGGGCUUCGACGCGAUUGAGCCGUUCAUACCGAUUGAGACGGAACUCUAUACAGAGCAAGAAACGAACGCAUUGUAUGAUUAUUACAAGCAAAAGCACUGGAUUGCCACUCAGAAUGGACGUAGCGAAGUGGGUCGUAAGCAGUUGAUGUAUUUGAGUGCAUUCAAUCCGUUCGAUUAUGAGAGAUUAUGCGCAUUUCUGUGA